AUGGAACAAGUCAAUAAUUCUCAGUUUCAGCUUCUAAACCAUUUGCAAAGGACCAAGAGAUCUUUCUAUGCUUUUGUUUCUCUUCUUUUGCUUUGCCUUUUAGCUUAUAACAGUGCCACCAUAUUCUAUACUAAAGCCCCCUUUCCGGCCAAGAAUUCGCCGGAGCAGGCCAGCUUUUCGCCGGAAACUGCCCCCGGAAAAUCAAUAAAGUCCUUCUCUGUGCCUUCUUCCACAAAGCUCUCAUCUUCUGCACCACAUGCUGUAAAAGUAGAGCGCCCCGUUGGGAAAUUGAAAACACAUUUUCCCCUUUUGUUUAAAAAUACGAAUUUGGUCGCUUUUCUGAACACAAGUGUGGUGUAUCAUCCAAAAAGGAGAAAAAAACACAGUCGUGGGUUCAAAGUGAAGCCUUUUUCAGUCAGAGUGAAGGAGUUCUUCAAUGCUAAUCCACUGAAUUUUUCUUGUAAGUUUCGAUUUUUCAUGACCUGGAUUUCUUCGUUAGAGUCUUUUGGGGAUAGAGAAUUGUUUACCAUAGAGAGUUUAUUCAAAACACAUCCAAAUGGUUGCUUAAUUAUAGUAUCCAGUUCAAUGGAUUCAAGAACUGGGAUGCAGAUUUUGAAGCCCUUUUUGGGUAAGGGAUUCAAAGUGACUGCAAUUUCUCCUGAUUUCAAUUAUUUGUUCAAUAACACUGCUGCACAGUCUUGGUAUAACCAGUUAGUGCAAGGAAAUGUGAAUCCUGGAGAGAUUUCUUUAGGUCAGAACCUCUCAAAUUUACUUAGGCUUGGGUUAUUGUACAGAUUUGGUGGGAUUUAUUUAGACACUGAUAUUCUAGUAUUGAAGAGUUUUAAGAAGCUAAGAAAUACAAUUGGGGCUCAGACUAUUAAUCCUGAAACAAGAAAUUGGAGCAGAUUGAAUAAUGCUGUCAUGAUCUUUGAUCAGGGCCAUCCACUUCUUUACAAAUUUAUUGAAGAAUUUGCACUCACAUUUGAUGGGAAUAAAUGGGGACACAAUGGACCUUACUUGGUUUCAAGGGUUGUUUCAAGAAUCACUGGGAGGCCUGGUUACAAUUUUACAGUACUGCCACCUAUGGCUUUUUAUCCCGUUUAUUGGAGUAGGAUCGGCAGCCUUUUCCAGAGGCCGAGGAAUGAGACUCACUCUAAAUGGUUGAUUGCAAAGCUCAUGCAAAUUCAGAGCCAAAGUUUCACAGUGCAUCUCUGGAAUAAGCAGAGCAGAGGGUUUAAGGUUGAAGAAGGAAGCAUUAUUGAACAAAUAAUGCUUGAUUCUUGUGUUUUCUGCAAUUCCUCUUCAUUCACCUCGUAA